UCAGAAUCAUCAUAUAUUCAUGACAAUGAAAAAAACUAAUUUCUUCGUCCCAUUCUUCUUCUUUGGAACGAUAUUUUUCGGAGUUGCUAGCGCAGGAGACAAAAACGCCUUAGCCGCAUCAUUCGUCUUCGGUGAUUCACUUGUAGAUGCAGGAAAUAAUAAUUACUUUCAAACGUUGUCUAGAGCCAAUAGUCCUCCUAACGGCAUCGAUUUCAAACCAUCUCGUGGAAAUCCAACCGGCCGGUUUACCAAUGGUCGUACCAUAGCUGACAUCGUUGGAGAAAAGUUAGGGCAGCCAAGUUAUGCAGUUCCAUAUUUAGCACCAAAUGCAAGUGGUGAAGCAAUAUUAAAUGGUGUGAACUAUGCAUCAGGUGCUGGUGGAAUUCUCAAUGCUACAGGAAGUGUAUUUGUAAGCCUCUUCGUGUCCAUGCACACAUUAUCUGUCGUAUAUUACUUGUCACGUUUGGUUGGUGGUAAACGUUUACAUAAAAUUCUAUGUUAAUUAUUUUUAUAAAUAUGUGUUAAAUUUUGCUUUUUGACUCCGAAUUUAUGUUUGGUUGUGUACACACAUAUGCAAAAUGGACUUGU